AUGUGGUUAACGACGAUUGUUACCGGUUGGGUGUUUGUUGGUUCGCGUGCGAGCGGUAAUCGGUUCAGACCCGGAUCGCAUCAUCCAAUGUUGGCUACCAGUCGAUGGACAGCUAUAACUCCCAGAAUCGGGGAACAUGUGAUGUCCGAUGCCAACGAUGGAGAACCUUUCACGUUUGAUGGAAAUCACUACAGUUUGCACUCGUCGGGACCCGCUGUACUGCGCACUACUCAGGCGGGUGAUCUACGGAAUUCCGACCUCUCGGCCCUUACGAAUGCGACUGAUGCGGAAGCAGAGGCUGAGGUAACUGAUGUGAACUACAAUCGUGCGGUCAGUCUGGAUCCUCGUCUGACUUCGCAGAAUCAAACUCUGAAUGUGAAUCUUUUACGAAACACAAUGCCAGAACGUAUCGGCGUCCGUCCAUUUGAUCAACAUUCAUUUAUUGCGCCUGUUCUGAUUAGCUUGGUCGAUCAAGAACCCACACCCACCACAAACUCGGUGAUCAAUGUAGAACCCGAGUGA